GUUUGCUAUGAGGAAAAGGCCGGUUUGCUUCUUGUCCUCGAACGGCUAUCACAGAAAAUGGUGUUUCUUCGAGGGAAAUGACUCUUAAGCUGCAUCAUGCUCCAUGGACAUUGUCAACAGUGAGAUGCUUAUUCUCGAAUAAGCUAUUAGUAGAGCAAUGGAACUUUUCAGCUGACGUACCCCUUGGUUUGCCAAGAAGAGGUCAUGGCAGACUUUGGUAUGAUUGAUGAACUGGUCAGCCUUGUUCUUCUCACCCACCAUAUGGCAGGCAUCCUCUUCUUGUCGCCGGCUGUUCCUUGAGCUCUCUUUCACAGCUCUUAAAGCCGCCUCUCUUCUCCUUCCUCAAUCGUACCACAUUCGGUGAUGGACUGCAGUUGCCCAUCGAUUCGUGUUCGAUAGAAAGGAGGCUUCCACCCAUGGAUAGGCUGAUAAACCUGGAGCCGUCCAGCCAGGUCGUCAUCCGCGUCGAACCCACCCAAAAAUGCUGCGGUGAGCUCACCCUGCGCAAUGUCAUGUACACCAUGCCGGUCGCCUUCCGGCUCGACCCCGUCAACCGGCUUCGCUACGCGAUCCGGCCCCGGUCGGGCAUCAUCGCCCCCUUGGCUACUCUCCUCGUGGAGUUCACCUACCUCCUCCCCCUCGACUCGCCCCUCCCCGACUCGCUCCCGCGCUGCGACGACCGGUUCCUCCUCCACAGCGUCGUCGUCCCCAGCGCCUCCCUCAAGGUCCCCGCCUCCAUCUCCGACUCGAUCCCCGGUGAGUGGUUCACCAACAAGAAGAAGCAAGUGUUCAUAGAUAGCGGCAUCAGGAUUUUCUUCGUUGGAUCGGCCGUGCUGACUCGGCUUGUGGAGGACGGGUUGAUGGACUCGGUCAGGGAGGUGCUGGAACGGAGCGAGCCGGAGUGGCGGGCCGUCGACUCGGUCGACUCGGAGGGUCGGACGCUGCUCCAUUUGGCCAUCGCCCAGUGCCGGCCGGAAUUGGUUCAGCUGCUCCUCGAGUUCGAACCCGACGUGGAGGCCGCGGACCGGAACGGCCGGACGCCGCUGGAGGCGGCUGCGGCCGCCGGGGAGGCCCUGAUCGCAGAGAUCCUCAUCGCGCGGCGGGCGUCGGUGGAGCGGUCGCGGGGGUCGGACCUAGGCCCGCUGCACCUCGCCGCCGCCGCCGGCCACGCCGAAGUCGUCCGUCUCCUCCUGCUCAAUGGCGUGGCCGUGGACGCGCCGGCGGCGGACGGGCGGACGGCGCUUCGCCUGGCGGCGGAGGGGCGGCGGCAUGACUGCGCGAAGCUGCUGCUGAAGGCGGGAGCGAGGGUGGACGCCCGUGGCGGUGCCGACGGUGGGAUGCCGCUACACGCGGCUGCGGCCGGCGGGGACGAAGCCAUAGUCAAACUGCUGCUGACCAGGGGUGUAGCGGGGGUUAAGGAGGUGCGGAACGCAGCGGGGCUGACGGCGUACGACCUCGCGGCGGAGGGAGGCCACGUGAGGAUGCUGGACGCGUUGAGGCUGGGGGACGCGCUGGCGACGGCGGCGAGGAAGGGGGAGGUGCAAGCGGCGGCGCGCCUGGUGGAUAGAGGCGCAGCGGUGAACGGGAGGGACCAGCACGGGUGGACGGCGCUGAUGAGGGCGGCGUUCAAGGGGAGAGUGGAGGCGAUACGGGUGCUGACGGACAAGGGGGCGGAGGUGGAGGCCAGAGACGAGGACGGCUACACGGCGCUUCACUGCGCAGCCGAGGCUGGGUACGCGGAGGCGGUGGAGGCGCUUCUGAGGCGGGGGGCCGACAUCGGGGCACGCACUGCGAAGGGAGCGACGGCGGCGGAGAUCGCCGCCUCCCACGGAUACGACGGCAUCGUGAGGAUCCUGGCCCGCGGAAGCACCGCGCUGUUGGUGGAAAAGCGAAGGGGCGGAGACGUGGGAGCAAAGAAGGGAAAAGAGAGGGAGGGGCGGAGGAAGAAGAGUGACAUUGGUGGCAGCGACGGCGGCAGAGUGGCGGUGAGGAACGGCGGUCGGUUCCACAGGGCCAGGGCGGCGGUGGAGGUGGCUUGGUCGCACUAGUGUGGGCGGGGUUGUAUCGGCAUUUUGCGCUAAAUUUUGUGGUUUAAGUCCCAAUUCUUUUAUUAUUUGCCUUAAAACUCUUCUUCUCCUGCUGAAAGUA